AUGGACGCCCCCCCAAUAGGCAAGUACAGCCUGGCCGUGCUCCUGGUCUCCUCGGACGGACACGUCAUGGAGGAGACGCCCCCCGAGAGCCUCUACCUACUCUACAACCCCUGGUGCAAAGCGGAUGCUGUGUAUCUGCCAAAUGAUGUUCUCCUGAAGGAGUAUAUCAUGAAUGAGAACGGCCUCAUCUACGAGGGGGACGCGGACAACAUCACCUCCAAGCCCUGGAACUUUGGACAGUUCGAGGAGGAUGUGGUGGACAUCUGCUUUGAAAUUCUGGACAACUCAAACUCCGCACUCAAGAACCCUGAGAUGGACAUCAAGAACCGAGCCGACCCUGUCUAUGUCAGCAGAAUCAUCUCUGCCAUGGUGAACUGCAACGAUGACAGUGGGUUGCUGUGGGGGAGAUGGGAUGGGAACUACGCUGAUGGUGUGGCCCCUUCGCGCUGGAAUGGAAGCGUGUCCAUCCUCAGGCGCUGGAGCGACGGCGGCAGAAGGCCUGUCCAGUAUGGGCAGUGCUGGGUGUUUGCAGCAGUGGCCUGCACAGUUAUGCGGUGCCUGGGGAUCCCUACUCGCUGCAUUACCAACUUCAACUCUGCCCAUGACGUCCACUGCAAUCUGUUGAUAGAGUACCUGGAGGAUGAGAAUGGUGUGCCCAUUCCAGACUGCUCCAGACCCGAUGGGCGUUGUGACGCAAGAUGGAAUUUCCAUUGCUGGGUGGAGUCGUGGAUGACUCGGAAAGACCUUCCAGACGGUUAUGAUGGGUGGCAAGUCCUUGAUCCCACUCCCCAGGAGAAAAGUGAUGGUGUGUUCUGCUGUGGGCCCUGUCCCGUGCGGGCCAUACUAGAGGGUGAGGUGGGGAUGAAGUAUGACGCUCCGUUCAUCUUCGCCGAGGUGAACGCUGACACGAUCACCUGGAGGGUAAACAGUGACGGGACGCGCACCAAGGUCUACGUUGACAAGUACUCAGUGGGCUGCAACAUCAGCACCAAGAGCGUCUAUGGAGAUCAACGGGAGGAUGUCACUGCACUCUACAAAUACCCAGAAGGCUCAGCGAAGGAGCGUGAGGUUUUCGAGAGGGCCGGCCGGCAAGUCUCCCACCAGCCAGGCGACAACGAGGACCAGAGCCCUCAGUUGAAACUCUCCAUCAAGAACGCUCUGGCCGUCCACGGCACCGACUUCGAUGUCAUCGUGGAGGUGCAGAACGUGGGCCGCGAGGAGGCACGCGCCGAGCUCACCAUCAAGUCCUUCGCCAUCACCUAUAACAGCCUGCAUCGCGGAGACUGCCAGAGCAAGACUGCCCGCCUCACCGUGCCCGCACAAAUGGUUCACAAAGAGGUCCUGAGGCUGCGAUAUGACCACUACGGGGCUUGCGUGUCCGAGCACCACACGAUCCGAGUGACUGCCUCCCUCAAGAUGAACAACCGGAGUGAGGUCAUCAAUACAGAGGCCAACAUCCAACUGAAAAUGCCUAAGCUGAAUAUCAAGGUGACAGGGGAAGCAGUGGUGGGCCAGAAGGUGAGGGCCGACAUCACCUUUAUAAAUCCACUUCCUGUCCCCCUGAAAAAGGGCGUCUUCACGGUGGAGGGGGCCGGACUGACCCGCGCUACGGAGAUUCAUGUGCCCAAUGCCAUCCAGCCAGGGGGGGAGGUGACGGUCAAACUGUCCUUCAAGCCCAUACGCUCAGGCUUGAGGAAACUGCUAGUGGACUUUGACUCGGACAAGCUGAUGGAUGUGAAGGGGGAGACCACUUUGAUGAUCCGUCAGAAGAAAUACUACUGGCCAUAAUAAUUCACACAAAACCAGAGUUAUAAGUCAGAUAAAUGAUGCCAGUGCCAGUAUUUCUGAAUGACGUGGUUGUUCGUUUUUAAGCCUAAAAAUAUUUGCACUGCAAUUGUGUACUCUGGAGUCAUCUGUAAAAGGUUAGAAUUUGCUUGCACGGUCAAAAAAAACCUUUGCAUUGUAAUAACAUGCCUAACAAUCAAUGCCUUCUUGAACCCUGUUAUGCUUAUAGUAUGUCUGCAAUAAAGAGAUGUUUGUCAUGUAUAUUAUG